ACAAGGAGCAACGUCCCCACCACCUGCCACGUCGGUGGCGAGGAGAACGCGUCGGGCAGCGGCAAUGGCACAGGUGGUAUCGCUCCGACUCCGGAUGCGGUCCAGGCAUUGUUCGGCUUGGGGGUGACCACGGAGGAGCUCCAGGCAGCCGUUGCGGCACUUUCCGCCAUGGGUGGGAACGUGCCCGGCGCUGGAGCUGGCAAAGCUCCGCCCGGUCCCCACGCUGAACACGCUGCCACUUCCCAACACAAGGGAAGAAAACCCGGAGGAGCAGAAGGAGGCCCGGCAAGGCCCCGACGCUUGGGAGGUGAAGAGACUCAGGUGUCGGACUUCAGACGCUUGGGAGGUGAAGAGACUCAGGUGUCGGCCUUCGGCAGGCUCAACCGCGGACCGGAAGGCCGCCCGGGUGAUCUCCGUCGACAAAUAUCUGAAGGCAGGAGGAGGCAUGCUGAGGAGUCCGCGACGUCGGACGCCCGCUCGGCGAGGCCUGAGCGGAGCAGAGAGAGGCGAGACGAGCGGACCCAGCGUCGCAAUAGCCCGACAGGAACUGAGAGGACAAAGGCCUCCGACCAAGGGGUAUCCCGCCUUGCGCGCGAGAUUGCCGAGCUCAAGCGCCGGGUGGAGACCAGGGCUCCCUACAGCCAGCGCAUCUUGCGAAUGGUGACCCCGUUCACUCCAAGGGUUAUGUCGAUUCCGCUGUCUGCAAACUUUCGGCCGUGUCAGAUCAAGGCCUACAACGAAACGACGGACCCCCAAGAUCAUUUGUCUAAGUUCUAUGCUUCCAUGGAAGCGGUGGCAGCCCUGGACAAGGUCAAGUGCCGAUGCUUUCUCACGACGCUAGAGGGCUCCGUGUGUGAUUGGUUCAACCGGCUCCCGAAGGGAACCAUUGACGAUUGGGAUACACUAGCGGAGAAGUUCCUAACGCACUUUGCAGCGAACAGGAGGCAAAGGCUGCCCUACUCCCACCUGCUCAACAUCUGCAUCCGCAAAGGAGAAAAGGAGCUCUACAAGAACCCUCCCCCCACGUACCAAGAGACCUUGGCACGCGCUAAGUUCUUGGCCUCGGAAGAGUUCGAUGAUGCCCCCGACUAUGAGGCCGGGCCGGCCAAGCGAGCUCCCGCAGAUUCGGGGGAGAUAGCGAAGAGGAGGAAGAAGAAGAAAGACUACACUGUGGGCCCGAGGACGCCCUCGGCUGGUGUGUACUCCGUGGGCGCACCCGUGGGGACGGGUCGAGAGCUUGCCCUCUCCCCGCUCCCUCACGUAGAGGCUAUUGCGGUGUCCAGCGGCGUCAAGUACUGCGAGUAUCAUCGCAACAACACUCAUAACACUAAGGAAUGCUUCACUCUUCAGAAGGAGAUGCAGCGGCUUAUCGCCCGAGGGCCGGCUCCGCGAGACGAUAGGGCAGCCCCUUCCCGGGGUCCACCGCAAGGAAGAACGUGGAGGAAGCCGACUGAACUGGUCGCAGUGGCAACGCAAGCAAGGAACCCCAAGAAGAGGCACAUUGGGCCAGAGUGCGAUGAUCUAGACGAGGACAAAGCCCAAGGAUAUCUUGUGGGAUUUAUCCAUGGAGGAAAUAUUGGCGGGGACUCAAUCGCUCAAAUGAAGAGGUGGAAGCACAUGGCCUUCGUUGCCAAAGUCCAUCAAGCGUCGGCACCCAAGCUCGGAAGACGAGAGCAAAUCCAAUUCACGGAGAAGGAUCUUCCGAACACACCGAGCCCCCACCGAGAUGCCUUGGUCGUGAAGAUAGAGAUUAACGAUGCCAUAGUGCACCGCACCUUGGUGGACACGGGAAGCUCGGUCAACAUAAUGUAUGAGAAGACCUUCCAAGACCUCGACUUGGACCGCAAAGACUUAAGGCCCGUGCGCACCCCUCUCUUUAGGUUCACGGGGGACUCCAUCGAGGCCUAAGGAGUCAUCGCCGUGCCCGUGAUAGUAGGGGAUGGUGUGCACAAGGCCAAGCUGGAGAUGGAGUUCAUGGUUUUUAUUUGAUUAUAAUACGGCCUGCGUGUCGUGCCUUAUCUCAUAAACUCUUGUUGUAAAUCUAUUUUUCUCUCUUACCUCAACCGAGGAUUCUUUUCUCACGUGGUGGUUAGAAGACGAAAAGAUUUGAAGAACGUUUGAAGAAAUCUAAAAGAAUGGA